CCCACGCUCGCAUCCCCCCUCGCCUCACCAAUACAUCCGCCUCUCCGCGCUGAUCGCUCGAGAUCCGUCGCUCCUCCGCUCUUUCUCCAUUCCGAUCCGCGUUUCUCGCUCGGAGAGUUUGUGAGGGUUUGUUGAGGGGAUUCGGAGAUGGCAGCGGCUGGGCGGUUGGAUCUUGACGGGAACCCGAUUAGGCCGAUGACGAUCUGCAUGAUCGGGGCCGGGGGUUUCAUUGGAUCGCACCUCUGCGAGAAGCUGAUGGCGGAGACGCCGCACACUGUGCUGGCCGUCGACGUCUACAGCGACAAGAUCAAGCACCUCCUCGAUCCACCGACGGCCGCAGAGGGACAGCAGGCCCGCCACUCCUGGGAUGGCCGGAUCCAGUUCCACCGCCUUAACAUCAAGCACGACUCCAGGCUCGAGGGCCUCAUCAAGAUGUCCGAUCUGACGAUCAACCUGGCAGCAAUAUGUACACCAGCGGAUUAUAACACCCGUCCACUAGACACCAUCUACAGUAAUUUCAUCGAUGCUCUCCCAGUUGUUAGAUACUGCUCAGAAAACAACAAGCGCCUGAUUCACUUCUCCACUUGUGAAGUGUAUGGGAAAACAAUUGGCAGCUUCCUUCCCAAGGAUCACCCUCUAAGAAAGGAACCCGACUUCUAUGUACUUAAGGAAGAUGCCUCCCCAUGCAUUUUUGGUUCUAUCGAGAAGCAGAGAUGGUCUUAUGCAUGUGCAAAGCAACUUAUUGAGAGGCUGAUUUAUGCUGAGGGUGCGGAGAAUGGUCUUGAAUUCACCAUUGUGAGACCUUUUAAUUGGAUUGGACCAAGGAUGGACUUUAUCCCUGGAAUCGAUGGUCCUAGCGAGGGUGUUCCCAGGGUUUUGGCAUGCUUCAGUAAUAAUCUCCUGCGACGUGAGCCUCUGAAACUUGUUGAUGGUGGUCAGUCCCAAAGAACUUUUGUCUACAUCAAGGAUGCAAUAGAAGCUGUUCUCCUCAUGAUUGAAAAUCCUGAGCGAGCUAAUGGCCACAUCUUUAAUGUGGGAAAUCCCAACAAUGAAGUCACUGUAAAGCAACUUGCUGAAAUUAUGACACAGGUAUAUUCAAAGGUAUCAGGGGAGCCUCCUCUGGAGGUGGCCACUAUCGAUGUGAGUUCCAAGGAGUUCUAUGGUGAGGGAUACGAUGACAGUGAUAAGCGGAUUCCUGACAUGACCAUAAUCAAUAAGCAACUUGGUUGGAAUCCGAAGACAUCCCUGUGGGACUUGCUGGACUCAACACUGACCUAUCAGCAUAGGACCUACGCAGAGGCCAUCAAGAGGGCAAUGGCUAAACCUGUUGCAUCAUCCAGCUAGAUGCUUGAAUUAGAUUCUUGAAUUGGUUCUCUCCGACAAGGCAUAGCUGAAGCAUAUUUUUUGCUUUAAUCCAUUUUGAAGGCCAUACAUUUUAUCAGCCAGUUGCAUUUUAUUCAUUCUCUUAGUAGUUAAUGUGGAGUUUGUGACUGAUAAAUUUUUUUUUUCUUUUACCUAUUUUUGAAGAAAUUAUUGACUGUAGGAUAGCGACUGUUUGUAUAUGCCAUGACAAAGGUGUGAU